AUGGAAGAGAUCACUUACAAUGGGCUGGUUGAUAAAAUUUGCAAAAAGCUUAUGGUAGAUGGAGCUAUGACGCAGCUUAGACUUAGCUACUUUCCACUGAUAUUGGAUCCCAAGAAGCCAUCAUAUGUUCGGAAUGAUGAAGAUGUAUUUGGUUAUCUAAUGCAAGUGAAUAAUAAUCAGUGUAGAAGGGUUUUGCAUGUGGAGCUCAUCACAGAUGUUGAGCAAAAUGAGAGAUUUGUGCAACCGUCAGAGCCACAACAUGGUGAUGAUGUUAAUGAUGGUAUGGAUACUUUUUACAAAGGUGAACCAUCAGAACCGCAGAAAGAAGAUGUUAGUGAAGAUGCUGAAGAUGGUGAAGAUGGUGAAGAUGUUGGAAAUAAUGUGCAUGAAGACUUUGGUAUGUAUGAUGAUAUUGAGGUGGCACCUGUUGUAGAAGGAGAUGUGUACGUGAAUCAUACAUGGGAAGAUGGUAUUGAUUUAGUUGUAGGACAAGAAUUUGGCAAAAAGGAGUCAUUGCAAGAAUUAGUGUUUGUAGCCUCCCGUAAAAAUGGUUUUGAGUUUGAUAUCAUCCAGUCAGAUACACGUCGAUAUGUGUUAAAAUGUCGUGGAGCAAAAGAUGGCUGUAAGUGGUAUUUACGAGCUGCAAAGACGAAGAAUUCAGAUCUUUUCUCAGUUAGAACUUACAUCAAGAUUCAUACAUGUUCUCGAGCUACUACAGUUACAAGCAAAAAUCGAAGGAAAGGCACACCACAGUUGGUCAGGUCUAUUUGUCAUUCUGAUUAUCCAGACAAACUUAAAACUCCAGCACCACAAAAACUGAUUGGUUUGGUUCAAAACGCAUUUGGUGUUAAAGUAUCAUAUUCCACUGCAUGGAGAGGUAAAAGAGCAGCUGCUAAUGAUGUGCGGGGAAGUCCAGAGGAGAGUUAUCAGUUGUUGCACUCUUAUUUGUAUAUGCUAGAGUACAUGAACCCUGGUACACGCACUUAUGUGGAAUUGGAUGAGGGAAACAGGUUUAAGUAUCUAUUCUUUGCCUUGGGAGCUUGUCUUGAGGGUUUCCAAGUCAUGAGAAAAGUGAUUGCUGUGGAUGUUACCCACCUUAAGAAUACAUAUGGUGGUGUUUUAAUUGUUGCUACAGCUCAAGAUCCUGACCAUCACCAUUAUCCAAUUGCUUUUGGUGUAGUUGAUGGUGAGAAAGAGGCAAGUUGGAUGUGGUUUAUGAGCAAGUUGAGAUCAGUUGUACCAGAUGUUCCUGAACUGGUUUUUCUUUCUGAUAGAAACGUAAGUCUCCUCAAGUCAAUACGUGAGGUCUUUCCAUUGUCUCAGAAUGGAGUUUGUAUAUAUCAUUUGUCUCAAAACGUGAAAGUGGAGUCAAUAGAGCGACUUGUGCGAAGAAGUUCAGAGUUUGUGCUCAUGCUUAUACAGAGAAUGAAUUCUUGA